AUGUUAAAUUAAUAUUUAUAAACUCAAUACUUAUACUCUUGCAAAAAAAUAAAACAUCAAAAAAACAAAACAAUUUUAAUAUGGUUUUGAUUACCAACCAAAUCCACAACGACACCUAGAAAAAAAUUAAUCAAACAAAUGCUUAGUACAAAUUACAAUUAAUAUCGACUUAUGCAUGUAUAAGCCCCUUCUCAAAACAUUUCACAACGAUUGACUCUACUUAAUAGAGCGCAUUUUAAUUUUUAUAAAAAAAACACACUAGGGAAACUUUUCAAACUUACCGAUUAAUAUGCAAUAUAAUAUAAUAGUUGUAAGGAGAUGAUUCAUAAUUUUUACUGAUUAAUAUAGAUUUUUUAUAUGUUUUCAACGAACUUUCUUGUUCUCAUAACAUAUUGAUCCAAGAAACAAAAUUUGUUGGAGUAUAUAAAUUUGUAAUCUCAGUACAUUAAAACAUGUAAUGCUGACUUAUAUUUCAAUCUUUUAGUUACAAUUAAUACUCAUUUUAUAAGUUUCAAUAAUUGUUUGACAUUUAUACGUUUUUUUGCUUAAGGGAUGGGGUGUUUUUUCGUGGAGAUGGAUAUAAGAAAUAAAAUUUGGCUAUACAAAUGAAACUCUUUAGGACAUUUAGAAAAUAAAAGCCUUCCAAUUUGAUAAUACAAACUCUUUAAGACACUUAGAAAAUAAAACCCUGCCAAUUUGAUUGGAUCUCUUGUGAGGAGUAAUCCAGGAAACCGUGGAUGUGGAGCAUCAUGAUGAUGCGUUUAAAGGAGCAAGCUAAAACAAUCGUGCCAGCUAGCAGCUUGAGGCCUUGUUGUGGAAAACACGCUCAUUUCUUUUGAACCAUAGCUCUACUAGAAGAGCCUUGACUGCGUUGCACCAUAAUAGUAUAGUUGUUUUCUUCAUGGUUGGACCAGUCAUAAUAAUGUGCAACAUGUUCCCCUUAAGUUGUUAUUAAAAGCCCAACAGAGAUUAAAAAUUUGCAGCAGCUGAGACCAACAAUUUGCAGUAUAAGGGUAGUAAAAAAAAAUGUUCUGAAGGUCUUGCUAAUGAUUACAGCAUAGAGGGCACAUGUGGGGUGAAAUACAAUGGGAAGGGAGCUUUUAUUUUUGCAAAAUUGAAGCACAGCUUAAGCUUCCGUACAACAUGAUCCACAAUGAAAUAUUGACUCUUUUUGGGAUCUUUGUUUUCCUGAGACUCCUUUGGAAAGUGAUAUCAAUGGGUGAAGCAGUGGAAAGGUGAUUGACUAAUGAUUUAACAGUGAAAGAGCCACCUUGUUUUAGGAACCAAACUCUUUUAUCUGAGGAGGUAUUUAUCACUUCUGGAUCCAAUGAACUCAACGAGGCUUGGAAUUCGAGGACUUCCUCAUUAAUCAAUAAUCUUCUGAAGUAUAUUGACCAAGAGCUGGUUUGUCUAUCCCAACACUCAGCAAUUGACCCUUUUGGAUCAAGGGCAAUAUAGAAUAGGCUUUAGAACUUACUGUUUAGUGGAAUAACAUCUAGUCAUGGAUCUGCCGAGAAGAAGACUCUAUUACUAUUACCCACUUUAAAAGUAGCCAAUGCUUCAACUUUGCAUCAUUCUCAAGAAAUGCUGAUCCAUAGGCUUCUUAGUCUCAAAUACUCCUUUUCACUUGUGUGCCAAUGGAAAGGAUUGCACCAAUGUAUGCUUUUUACUACUUUACACCAUAGGGUGUUCUGAUAUGUCAUAAAUCGCUAGCCGCAUUUUGAUAAGAGAGCCAGGUUUUGGAUAUGCAUAUUGCUUAGCCCGAGGCCUUUGUCUCUUUGUGCCUCAAUGAGUUGGUUCCAUUUGACCAAGUUGUUCAACUUCCCCCCACUGUUACCUUCCUAGAAAAACUUCCCCAUUAUUUUUUCCAAAGUAUUGGGUAUAAAAGCGGGCAUGAGGAAGGUGGCCAUGUUAUAUGUUGGAAGGUUAUACCUUCUCCACUUGUUUAGUUUUCCUUGGAUUUUGUCACUAAUGGGAUUUUUGUAUUGAAGUGUGGCAUUGGCCUCCAUGUGUAGGAAUAUUAAAAAACUCUUGCCAUUUUGUUAAGAAAGGCUUAUUAAAUUAGAUUAAGUGGUGAAAUAACAACUAAGAGUGAGAUUGGUCGAUUCAAUUAAGUUUUUAUUUAAAGGAUGAGUUGAUUUGUCAAGGACAUGGAACUAGGCAAAAAAAGUUUGCCUAUACAAAUGAAAUUGGAGAAAGACGUGUGAAGGACUAUAGACGCCUAAAAAGAAAAGUUAGGAUCUGAGAGUUUUUAAAUUGAAGUGGCAUUGGACUUCAAGUUUAUGAUUAAAUAACUAUUCCCAUUGUUUGGAGAAGGGAUUAUCAAAUUGGAUUAAGGGUUUGGGGUAGUGCACUAAGAGUGAGAUUAGCCAAUUAGAUUCAGUUUUUAUUUGAGAGAUGAGGUGAUUUGUUAUGGACAUGAAUAUAGGAAUUAUAUUUUUAAUAAUGCAAUCAACUGCCUAGGUCUAAUGUUGUAGUUGAAUAUGGGAUAUAGUCUUCGUUCAAGCUAAUUUGCUAGAGCAACUGAUGCUAAACUUGGGUUUUCACUUGGAUGUUGAUAGCGUGAGUAUGGUCCACUUAAGUAUAGUCUAAGAUGUUGAGUUUGUGUUCAACAAUCGAUUUUUGGAAUGAAUUAAGAUUGAUGUGGGUAGAACAAUGUUUACAACCAAAUAACUAAAAUAAGCUAAUUAACUACUAACAAAUAAUACUAAUUGGCUAGAAAAACAAACAAUUAACAAAUACUCUAAAAAUACAUAGUUCAUAAAUAGCCAAAAAGCUGGAGCAAACGGUUUUCCUGAAAAAGAAAAUGAACAUUCCUUGAUAUGAGUAUAUAAAAUAAUUGUUGAAUCAUUUACCCAAUACAAUUCAAUUACUUUUCCUAUCUUUCACAACAUAUCAGUGUCUCUUUAAAACUAUCUAGAAUGAAUAAAGUUUCUUCCAUGACAAGUGUUUUCUUUUUAGUACUGUUGUUGGUGGUAUUUGUAAAAGAAGCACAAUUGGCAAAUGGAGGGACAUGCGACCCAAAUGAGAUGAGAGUAUGUCUAUGGGCAUACACUAUGUCAACAGCGCCAUCUUCAUCUUGUUGUGACAUGGUGAGGAAGCAUAGACCAUGUUAUUGUCAAUACAAACAAAAUCCAACAUUUCAAUCUUAUUUACAAUCUCCUACCACCAAAAAAAUCCUCUCUCAAUGUGGAAUUACCCUCCCCUCUUGCUAGAAUAAUCACCGAUAUCCAAUUCAUUGAAUUCAAUAUGAAAUGAAGAUAUAUGAUAAAAAAAUUAUAAAAGAAUAAAGUUAUACAUUCAUAUUCUUGGAGCUUCAACAUUUUAUUUUGUAUACUAAGUUAAAUAAUACAUUUUCUUUAAUUAUGAAAGUCUUAAUUUAAAUAUUUUAAUUUUGGCAUAGUUUCAAUUUUCUCCUUUGGCUUAAAAACUUUAAAUAUCGUGAAUAUGGUUUUUAUUAACAUAUACGAAGAUUGUCAACUAAAUUAUCUUUUACGCUCAGGACUUACAUACGUACUAAAAUAUUAAAUAAUAUUUAUAAACUCAAUACUUAUACUCUUAAAGAAAAUAAAACAUAAACGAAAUAAAACAAUUUUAAUAUGGUUUUGAUUACCAACCCAAUCCACAAUGACACCCGAGAAAAAAAUUAAUCAAACAAAUGCUUAGUACAAUUUACAAUUAAUAUCGACUUAGGCAUGUAAAAGCCCCUUCUCAAAACAUUUCGCAACGAUUGACUCCACUUAAUAGAGCACAUUUUAAUUUAAAAAAAAAAACACUAUGGAAACUUUUCAAACUUACCGAUUAAUAUGUAAUAUAGUAUAAUAGUUGUAAGGAAAUGAUUCAUAAUUUUUACCGAUUAAUAUAGAUUUUAUUAUAUGUUUUCAACUAACUUUUUUGUUCUCAUAACAUUUUGAUCCAAGAAACAAAAUUUGGUGGAGUAUAUAAAUUUGUUAAUCUCAGUACAUUAAAAUAUGUAAUGCACAAUAAAGAAUGAUCUGACUUAUAUUUCAAUCUUUUAGUUAUAAUUAAUACUCAUUUUAUAAGUUUCAAUAAUUGUUUGACAUUAAUACGCUUUUUUGCUUUAGUUUUUACUUCUAAAGAAAAUUGGAAAACGAUUCAUGGAGGACUAUAGACGGGCAAUAAAGAAGAGUUAGGAUAUGAGAGUUUUGGACUGAAUUGUGGGAUUGGACUUCAAGUUUAAGAUUAAAUAACCAUUGCCAUAUUUUGGUGAAAAGAUUAUCAAAUUGGAUUAACUGUUGAUAGUGGACUAAGAGUGAGAUUAGCCAAUUGAAUUAAGUUUUUAGUUAAUGGAUGAAGUUAUUUGUUGUGGACAUGAAUAUAGGAAAAAAAGUUAGGCUAUACAAAUGAAAUUGAAAGAAGGCACGUGGAGGACUAAAGAUGACGUAAAAAGAAAAGUAAGAAUAUGAUAAUUUUGGAUUAAAGUGUGGCAUUGCAUUUAAGUUUACUAUGAUUAAAUAAUCGUUGAGAUUGUGCACUAAGAAUGAGAUAAGUAAUUUGAAUUAAGUUUUUAUUUCAGGAAUGAGGUAAUUUUCUGGGGACGUGAAUAUAGAGAGAAAAGUUUGGCUAUACAAAUGAAAUUGAAAUGUGACAUUGGACUUCAAGUUUCGUGGAGAUGGAUAUAAGAAAUAAAAUUUGGCUAUACAAAUGAAACUUGAAAAAGACACAUGGAAAAACUAUAGAAGGCACAAAUAGAAAAGUAAGGAUAUGCGUGUCUUUGAUUUAAAUGUGACAUUAGACUUCAAGUUUUAGAUUAAAGAAUUGUGAAACCCGCAUUUUGGAAUAAAAGGGUUGUGAAGGAGAUUGAAAUUACUAAGUAUAGCUAUUAGGCAUUUUGAAGGAAUGUUGCGUGAUAGCUAUGUGAUGCAAGGAAGAAGUAGUUAUGCGUUUUGGCUAAUCAACGCGAGGAAGAAAGAUGAACUUGUGAGCAGUUAGAUUUAGUUUUUAUUUGAGGAAUAAGGUGAUUUGCUAUGGACACAAAUAUAGAAAUUAUAUUUUUAAUAAUGCAGUCAUUUACCUAGGUCUAAUGUUGUAACUGAAUAACGUUCAAGCUAAUUCGUUGGAGCAACUGAUGCUAAACUUGGCUUUUCACUUGGAUGCUGAUAGUAUGAGUACGGUCCACUUAAGUAGUCUAAGGUGUUGAGUUUCUGUUCAACAAUCGAUUUUUGGAAUGAAUUAAGAUUGAUGUGGGUAGAGCAAUGUUUACAACCAAAUAACUAAAAUAAGCUAAUUAACUACUAACAAAUAAUACUAAUUGCCUAGGAAAACGAAUAAUUAACAUAUACUCCAAAAAUACAUAGCUCAUAAAUAGCCAAAAAAAAGCUGGAGCAAACGGUUUUCCUGAAAAAGAAAAUGAACAUUCCUUGGUAUGAGUCUAUAAAAUAAUUGUUGAAUCAUUUACCCAAUACAAUUCAAUUACUUUUCCUAUCUUUCACAACAUAUCAGUGUCUCCUUAAAACCAUCUAGAAUGAAUAAAGUUUCUUCCAUGACAAGUUUUUUCUUUUUAGUACUAUUGUUGGUAUUUGUAAAAGAAACCCAGUUGGCAAAUGCAGCGACAUGCGACCCAAAUGAGAUGAGAGUAUGUCUAUGGGCAUACACUAUGUCAACAGCGCCAUCGUCAUCUUGUUGUGACAUGGUGAGGAAGCAUAGAUCAUGUUAUUGUCAAUACAAACAAAAUCCGCAAUUUCAAUCUUAUUUACAAUCUCCUGCCUCUAGAAAAAUCCUCUCUCAAUGUGGAAUUACCCUCCCCUCUUGCUAGAAUAAUCACCGAUAUCCAAUUCAUUGAAUUCAAUAUGAAAUGAAGAUAUAUGAUAAAAAAAUUAUAAAAGAAUAAAGUUAUACAUUCAUAUUCUUGGAGCUUCAACAUUUUAUUUUGUAUACUUAAGUUAAAUAAUACUUUUUCUUUAAUUAUGAAAGUCGUAAUUUAAAUAUUUUAAUUUUGGCAUGGUUUCAAUUUUCUCCUUUGGUUUAAAAACUUUAAAUAUUGUGAAUAUGAUUUUAUUAUCAUAUAUGAAGAUUAUCACUAAAUUAUCUUUUACACGAAGGACUUACAUACGUACGAAAAUAUUAAAUUAAUAUUUAUAAACUCAGUACUUAUACUCUUAAAAAAAACAAAACAAUUUUAAUAUGGUUUUGAUUACCAACCCAAUCCACAACGACACCUAGAAAAAAAUUAAUCAAACAAAUGCUUAGUACAAUUUACAAUUAAUAUCAACUUAUGCAUAUAAAAGCCCCUUCUCAAAACAUUUCGCAACGAUUGACUCUACUUAAUAGAGCGCAUUUUAAUUUUUAAAAGAAAACACUAGGGAAACUUUUCAAACCUACCGUAGUUCGUUUAGUGGCAUAUUGGUAUGAAAACCAACUCCAAACAGUUGGUUGAGAUAUUUUUAGAGUUUUUGUAAUGUAUAACAGAUUUGGUAUAAAAUAUUAAGGAUAUGGCAAUUUAUGAAACAAUUUGCAAAUAUAGCAAAUUGAUGAUUUUUUUAAAAUAUAUUCCAAUAUUACCCUUGUUUUAAAAACAAUCCUGGCGCGAAUUUCUCCUCCUCCAUUCGUCUGCGUGAUUUUCUCCCUCUCCAAUAUAUUCUCCACGAUUUUCUCACUUCUUCCGCCUUACCAUUCUCAAGAACGCCUUCUUCCGCACGACGCCUUGUUCCGCCUCCAACGACGCCUUCGUUCGCCUCCAACGACGCCUUCUUCCGCCUCCAACCAGUCGUCAUCUUCGGUCUCCAACCAGUCGUCAUCUUCAGUCUCCAACCACAACUUCUUCCGCCUCCAACCAUCUGUAAUUUGGAAUUAUGAUUAAACUUCCCAUAGUAGUGUUUCACAGUGGACAGUGGGAUGAUACAAAUAGUUACUUGAAUUACAAGACUACAGGUGUAUUGGUUGAUGAGAUGAUGUCUUUUGAAAAUUUUGUGAGUUUAAUAUUAAGAGAAGUUCUAUUUGAUGCAUCUCCUUCUUCAAUACAACUGUCAAUUUUAUUGGAUUAUGGUAUCACUAAUAUUCAAACUGUGGUUCAAAUUCAAGAAGAUAAAGAUGUUACUUGGUUUCUAAGUUUAGUUAAAGGGCAAAUUACAAGACAUCCAUUAGUUGCCCAUGCUAUUGCUCAUGUCCCUGAUAUGGAUUUAGAAUGGUCUAGUGUUGUUGACAGUGGGAUGGAUAAUUUGUGUUCUUUGCUGCCUUCUUCUUCCAUUGAUGACGAUUUUCAAAUUCUUACGGAUAUUCAUGUUAGUAGCUUGUCUUCUACAUUUGAUUUGAAAGAAAAGGAUAUGUUUGCUAGCAAGGAAUUACUAUCAAAGUCAUUUUACUACAUUGCUAUAAAGAACAACUUUGAGUUCAAGACUGUGAGAUCAAAUUCUAAAUCUAUUGAGUUUAAGUGCUCCCAAGAUAAUUGUCCGUGGUAUGUUCGUGCAUCUCGUUACAAGGGUGGGGAAUUAUGGCGGCUAAGGAAGUAUAUUGCUAAUCACAAUUGCUCCAUAAAUGUUAUUCAAACUACUCAUAAACAAGCAUCUUCAUCACUGAUUAGUGAUUGUAUUGGAAAAGACUUUAGUUCUUUUGAUCGUUCAACUCCAAAUGAUAUUAUGAUUCACAUGCGUACUAAACUUGGUGUAAAUGUUAGCUACUAUAAAGCGUGGAGGGCAAAGGAACUUGUUAUGAAUUCUUUGAAUGGUGAAGCAAAAGAAUCUUAUGCCUUGAUUCCAAACUUUUUCAUGAAACUAAAAGAAAUUAACCCAGGUUCAUUCACUGCUUAUGAAACUGAUACAGAGGGACAUUUUAAGUACUGUUUUAUGGCUAUUAGAGCAUGCAUUGAAGGAUGGAAAUAUUGUAGGCCCAAUAUAUCAGUUGACGGUACAUUUUUGAAAUCUAAAUAUGGUGGAACUCUUUUGACAGCCUCAACAAUUGAUGGUAAUAAUCAAAUUUUCCCAUUGGCCUUUAGUAUUGUAGAUUCUGAAAAUGAUGCAUCCUGGAGAUGGUUUUUUGAGAAUAUAAAGAAUAGUUUAGGGGAUCGGGAAGAUUUAGUUGUAAUAUCUGAUCGACAUUUAAGUAUCCCAAAAAGUGUUCAUAAUGUUUUUCCAAAUGCUGAAUAUUGCGUUUGUUUGCAACACCUUCUAAAAAGUUUGAAGUUGAUAUAUAAGGACCCUAUAAUUGAUAAGCUCUUCUUUAGAUGUGGAAAAGCAUAUACAGUUGUUGAUUUUGAGACUAAUAUGAGAUGGAUGGAGUCUAUGUAUCCUAGUAUACGAGACUAUCUUAGUAAGGUUAGUUUUGAAAAGUGGGCUCGAGCAUAUUGUACAAGGAAAAGAUAUCAAAUGAUGACUACAAACAUUUCAGAAAGCUUAAAUGCAGUUCUAAAAGAAUCUAGAGAUUUGCCGUUGCAGCAUUACUCGAUUCUAUCAGACAAAUACUUCAAAAUUGGUUUUAUGAUCGAAGAAAAGUUGCAUGUUGUAUGAGAACUGUUUUAACUAGUUGGGCUGAGGGAGAAUUACGAAUUCAACAUCAAAACUCAAGAAGCUUCACAGUUAAUGCUAUUAAUGAUGUUGAAUUUCAAGUGAUUGAUGGAAGAAAACAAUUUAUUGUACGGUUAGAUUGCAAAUCAUGUACCUGUCGCGUUUGGGAUCUUGAUGAAAUUCCAUGUGCCCACGCUCUUGCUGUUCUUCGUGGGCGUAAUAUGAAUACUUACUCUUUUGUUUCCAAGUAUUUUUUGUCAAGUACUUUGAUUUCAACUUAUACUGGAUCAGUUCGUCCGGUUGGGAACCAUGCCAAUUGGAAAUCUAUUGGGAUUGAGAAUAACAUACUACCUCCAACUUUCAAGCGUCGAGCAGGACGACCGCGAAAACAAAGAAUAUUAUCAAUUGGCGAGAAGAAAAGUCACUCAAGAUGCAGCCAUUGUCAUCGUGCUGGUCACAAUCGUAGAAAUUGCAAAUUUCCACCAUUUUUACAGUGACGUGAUAUUAUGUUUUCUAUAAUAAACUUUUAGCUUUAGCAUAUAGAGCAUUUAUUUUGUGUGUGUAGUAAAUACUUUCUAUUUGUUUGAUUCAAACCGUUCAAUAAUAAUCUACCUUUUUCUCAA